CCUGCAGCCAGUUUCCCCGGUCAGAAUCUCACUUUCCUGUCAGAUUCUUCUGCUGCACAUACCCUUGAACGAGCAUGUUUGAUUUGCAGCUCAACGGCGUGCUGGGGAUCGGCCUGUACUGCCUGGUCCCUGCAGCCCUGCUGUACACCAUCAACGCCCUCUUCUUCCGCGUCGCAAACCCGCCAAAUGUCCCCUUGAUCCGCGAACCGCCCGGCAAGAAAAGCUUCAGCCUAAAGACGCGCAUCGCGUACAUGUUUGACUGCGAGUCGCUCUUCCGCGAGGCCUACCAGAACUACGCGAAGCUCGGCAAGGCGGUCAUCCUCCCCGGGUUCGGUCUCCGUGAUGAGGUCAUUCUGCCCACCAGCUCGCUGCGUUGGGUUCUGGCGCAGCCCGAAUCGGUCCUCAGCGUUGCGGAUGCAUUUGUGGAGAUUGAUCAGGUUGUGUAUAGUCUGGGGCAUGAGCGCUACGUGGCCGACCCGUGGCAGGGGAAUCUGGUUCGGCAGGAGAUGAAUUCCGUGCUGGAGAAUAUUGUUGCGGCGAUGAAUGAUGAGUUGGGUCUUGCAUUUGAUGCGCGAUUUGGUACCGAUGAGAAUUGGAAGGAGAUCGAUCUAUUGAAUACGGUGAGGAUGGUGGUUGCUCAGGCGGCCAGUCGCUUCACUGUCGGAUUGCCUCUAUGCCGCGACGAGCAGUAUCUCAAAGACAGCUUUGAUGUGGUCGACGGCUGCAUCAUCAACGCCGGAGUCACUGGCGGAACACCCAAGAUUCUCCGACCCCUCAUCGGACCCCUGGUCAGCCUCAAAUCGCAGCUCGCGCAGAGAAAAGUCAGGAAGCAUUUUGAACCCAUCUACCGCGCACGGCUGGAAACCCUCAAACAUCCAAAAGACGACCCAUCCGAGCCUCAAGACCACCUGCAGAUGAUGGUCCGCUAUGCUGAAAAGGAGCGACGCAACGAGCUGUAUGACCUGGACAUCAUGGCGCGUCGCCUCAGCGCUGCAAACUUUGGGUCGAUGCAUCAGACGAGCAUCCAGGUGACGAAUAUGCUGCUGAACAUCAUGGGUUCAGACGCCGAGUACAACACCAUCGCCGUCCUCCGCGACGAAGUCCACCGCGUCCUCGGCGCCGACCCAACAUGGACAAAGGCCAAAGUCUCCAAAAUGACCCGCGCAGACAGCGUCGCCCGCGAGACCCUGCGCACCCAAUCCUUCGGCGGCCGCGCCGUCUUCCGCAAGGUAAUGGUCGACAACUUCGAAACCGACACGGGCGUCAAACUGCCCAAGGGCUGCAUCGUCUCCUUCUUCAGCCAGCCCGUGCACGUCGACGAGGCCAAGUAUGAAAACCCGCUCAAGUACGAUCCCUUCCGGUUCUCUCGCGCCCGCGAGGCCGCAGAGGACCCGAGCACGGCGAAUAAACUCAGCUUUGUCUCGACGAGUCCCGACUAUCUGCCCUUUGGGACGGGGAAGCAUGCGUGUCCGGGGAGGUUCCUUAUUGAUUUUGAGCUCAAGAUGAUUAUCGCGUAUGUGCUUACGCACUAUGAUGUCAAGUUCCCCGAGGAGUAUCACGAGAAGAGGCCGGCGAAUCGGUGGUUGGCUGAGGCGAUUGUUCCGCCGUCAGGGGUGAAAAUUCUCAUCAAGCGGAGGAAGAGUGUGCAGUAGCAGUAGCUGUAACUGGUUGCUAGGAUCGGGGUUUUGAUUUCUCGAAUAUACAACCGGCCUCCACACUUGCGAUUCACUCAAGUACAGACUCUCCAAACUUCUUCAUGGCCCAUUUCAGGCGCCUCCUUCAUUCCCCAGGAAAAUAGGCUAAUAGGGAUAUUGUAUGCACAUCAUUCCUUGUAUCUUGCUAGUAGCAACCGAUCCUGGAUAUCUCCACAGCUUUCCUCAAUUCCCCGUGGGGUACUCCAUAAUUAGUCCGUUAAUAGCGAGCGAUGAUCAUCGGACCAACUGAC